AUGAGUAUACACUCUCCGUUACCCACCAGCCAUUCAUUUCGGCUCCUGGAACUUCGGCCUCAUUUGACGGACUCGAUCACCAUCAGGCUGAUUAUUACAGAACUGCAUAAUGCUCCAUCUUUCGGCGCGUUGGCUUACACUUGGGAAAAUCCAGUCUCACAGUUGAUAGACGAUAGCAGCAACUUUUCUCACACAGCAGAAUUUCAUUUGCUGUGUGAUGGCCUGAAGAUCCCCAGCAAGGGGAACCCCCACAGCGCACUGGUGAGGCUUCGUGAUUUGGACCUGUCCGAAUACGGGCGAUCUGUGUCCAAGUACCUAUUUGCCGACGCUAUAUGUAUCAAUCAAGAAGACCACAAGGAGAAGGCCGCUCAAGUGAGGAUGAUGGGGGAGAUCUUUGCAGCCGCAGAAAAGGUACUUGGCUGGCUAGAACCGGAAGACCAACGACGCCUGAUGUUUUUACAGUACACUGCCGUGACAGCGGCAGAUUUGUGGAAACCGGAGAGUUACCCGUCGAAACUCGGCAUCUCGCCGCUGACCUAUCAGCAUUGGCUCGCUCGUGUGGCCUUCUUGUAUCGCCCCUUCUUCGAGCGCAUCUGGAUCAAUCAAGAAAUGGUCGCUGCAAAGGAGAUCUUUCUCAUCUGCGGGACGAGAGUCCCUUGGGCGACUGCCUUCGCCGCCUUGAGUUUCUUGGCUCACAGCGCAUGGUUUCUCCUCCUCCACACCGACCAGGUCUCUGUCGCCAAUGUGGUGCCUGAGAACAUGCCGGUUUACCGGCGAGUGAUCAAGGCCAGAAUUCCUGCCGGACAAAGCGCCUGGCAUCUCCUCCGUGUCAGAGAUGGGAUGAUCGUGACAGGCAAGGCUUGUACGCGACCGCCGCCGCUGCUGAACCACCGCUACUGCAAGAGCAAAGAGGCCCGAGAUCGAGUUUACGCCUUGUUGGGAAUUGCGAGGAAGGAUGACCGUCCGUUUGACACUCAGCCUUACCUGCGCGAAGUUGGAUAUUCCGAUUUUAUGACGGCACAACUCCUGUUCACACGUACGGCGAGAUCACUUCUGCGCUCUUGGGAGGGCUUGUCAUCCCUUUCCCACAAGGAGGGCAGUUUCGCCACCGAGCUCAGCGGCCUGCCAUCCUGGGUAUCGACUAUCCUGUCGAAUAAGUUGGCUGCUGAUCCUGUCGAGGCUGGCGUCGACAAUAUGACCUACUUCUGGUCUAGCCUGGAGGGUGUCGCGAACGAACUACCCAUGCCGUACCCGAUCAGCGAGUUGCAGUGA